CUAAACUUUCUACAACCUUAAUGGCUUUAAACUUAAUGGAUAUCAGUCGACUCAGUCGAUGUCUUACCAUUUGUGGUUCAAUAUUCAUGUUCUAGUCUUAAUAGAAAAUUGGAAUAUUGAGAAGCGUGAUUUUUUUCGAUACAUCAAAUAAUAAUUUUAUAAGUUUUAUCGAUCCCUUUUGGUCUGCAUAUUUUUAUUUAAACGGUCUCCAAUUUAUCAUCGAUAAAUUCAAUAUGAUUUUUCAGUAUUUUUACGUAAAUGAUAAUGGUAUUCGUAUUUCAUUCUAGCAAAAGACAUUUUGGUCACAAUUUCACUGACAAUCACUCUUUGCAAUAAUGGAUUUUCACACUUUACUCUACCAGGCGCAAAAAAACAACACAAGAGACAAAGAUGUUAAAUAUUUCAAAGCGUCAUUGGAUCCACCAAAAAAAGAAACAAAAGAAAGUAGACAAUUAUCGGACAGUAUUAAGAAAUUUUUAGCUAAAAAAGACGAAGAAGAAAGACUCAAACAAAUAGAAGAACAAAAGAAAAAAGAUGAAUUAAUAUCAUUGCGUAGUCAAGAUAGGAAAUCAUUCAAAAGGGUCCAGUCUAUGUUAAACCGAACUAAAUCAGCAAAUAAAUCUGUUAUUGAGGAUGCCAAAGAUGAUGUUAAUACUUCUGUUACGAUGGCUGGAUUUAAUCAACCGGAUGAAGAUGACUAUGGUUAUGUUUCUAAAGAUGCCAUGGCCAUCUAUAACAAUAUUAUGAACAAAUAUGUAAAUACUCCGGCUGAUUCAAGAAGUACAAAAACUCCUAAUCACAGAAGUCACGACAUAUCUGGUACUAAAGAUAGAGUUAAAGCAGCUUUGCUAAAAGAAGAAGAAGAUCAAUUGUUGCCACAUAAACGAAAAAGAAAACCUAAAGAUCUAGAUAAUGCUGAAGAUUACCAGGAUAGUGUCGAGGAAAAAAAAUCCAAACCUGAUAUAAAUACAGAGAAAGUAAAAAAACGGCCAGCACAACCUCCACCAUUAAAUUUUCAAGAACUACUUAAGAUUGCUGAAAAAAAACAAUAUGAACCUAUAAUUAUUGAAAAACCUAAAAAAGAAGAACCUUUACCUAUGAUGACCAAGAAAGAAAGAAAUAAAUAUUUAGAAGAAAAGAGAAUUGAAGAGAUGCGAUUAGCUCGAAGACAAGGCAAAAGCUUACCUAUUACUGAAAAACCCAAAGAGAUGAAACCAGUUGAGAAGAUUCAAAAAGUAUCUGUAUCUUCUUCAAAACUUGAUAUUCAUGCAGAAGAUAAACUGAAAAAGAAUGCUUCUGUAUGGUCUAAAGAUUUAAAAAUUAGUAAAGAGUUGAAUAAUAAUAUUAAAAAUGAUAAAUAUAUACCAAGGCCAUUAAAUAAUUCAGAAAGCUUACGAAUGAACUCAAAUGGGAAUAGAUCCACCUCUAAAAGUUCAUUAGAACAACAUUUGUUGUACGAAAAGAGGAAUAGUUCUAAUGAUGAACAAUAUUCACCAAAACCAAAAUCAGUCAAAGAUCAAUAUGUACCCAAAACUAUAAAUUCUAUUGAAAAUAAAUAUUCGACAAAACCUAUAGGUAUGCCAAAUAAUGAUAAAUAUAUUUCUCAAUCUAGAAGUUCAUCAUCUGACAAGUAUUCACCGAAACCCAAGAGUUCAAUGCCAUCUGAUAAAAAUGUGUCAAAACCAACCACCAAUGAAAGAUAUGUGCCAAAAUCAAGCAUUCCACCAUCUGACAAAUGUUCUUCAAAACCCAAGAGUUUAAUGCCUUCAAAUAAAUAUGUUUCAAAACCAACACCCACUGAACGGUAUGUGCCUAAAUCAAGAAGUCCACUAUCUGAAAAAUAUUCUUCAAAACCAACAUCCAUUGAAAGAUACGUACCUAAACCAAAAUGCUCUGCUGAUGAGAAAUAUUCUCCUAAACUUAAAAGUUCUGUACAACCGGAAAGAUAUAUACCUAAAGGAAAAAGCUUAUCUUCAUCAGAACAAUAUACACCUAGUGCAGUUAAAAAUUCAAAUGAAAAAUACAAACCUAGACCAAUGUCAUCUCAAAGCAUGAAAUCUAAACCAACCAGCUCAAAUGAUAAAUAUGUCCCAAUGCCAGUUGAUAAAUCUACAAAGUUACAGAUGGGCAAUAAUAUUAAACCUAGGCAACUUCCACCUAAGGAAAUGGUAUCUAAACAAUUUCCUCCUAGAGAUAUGAUACCUAAGCAGUUCCCUCCUAGAGACAUGGUGCCUAAGCAGUUCCCACCCAGGGAUAUGAUCCCUAAACAAUUCCCACCUUCUGAUAUGAGAAGACGAGAUGACCGACAUAUGCCAAUUCGCAACAAACGCCAAGUCAUUGAAUCAGAUUCGGAUGAGUAUGAUUCUGAAUUAGAUGACUUUAUUGAUGAUGGGCCUGAAGACGAAGCUGAUUACUCAAAAGUUAUUUCAGAAAUUUUCAAAUAUGAUAAAUCAAAAUAUAGAGGAAUGGAUGAAGAUGAUGAAUGUAUGGAGUCUGAUUAUCGUACUCUUCAAAAAGAAGAAUAUAAAAGUACUAGAGCUGGACUUUUAGAAGAUUUAGCAGAUAUUCGAAGAGAGAAACAAAUGAUGAAGAAGCGAAAAAAAUUAUAAUGUUGAAACCAAUUACAAUUUUACGAUAUAUAUUUUUAAUAUCUUAAUAUAUAUAAGCWUGUUUUUAAAGGUUUACUAACCUUCACUAAGAUAUAUUUUUGAUGUAAUUAAUAUAUGUAUUUUUUACAAUGUACAUAGGUUAAUGUUACUCAUUCAAAUCAUUUUGGUUAAGCCUCUACAUGCUAAAAACAGUUUACUUGCUAGGCACUAGCCAUUUUUAGUAAACUGUUAUUUUUAGCAUAUUUUUUAAUCACAAAUUUAAUUUACUUUUGUGAUUCUUGAUUCUCUUUUGAUUAUG